CAAGCAGAAUGUCCACAAACCUUUUGGGCGCAGUCGGCUCCAUGGCGCACAGCUUCAAAUAAUACAAAGGCAGCGGACUGGUGGAUUAAAAUGGAUGCACAGAAAGAUGUGCAACCACCCAAACAGCAGCCCAUGAUCUACAUAUGUGGAGAGUGUCACACUGAAAACGAAAUUAAGGCUCGUGAUCCAAUCCGAUGCAGAGAGUGCGGCUACAGGAUCAUGUAUAAGAAGAGAACAAAGAGAUUGGUUGUUUUUGAUGCCAGAUAAAGAAGAAGAUGGCAGCUGUUGUGACUUAUUGAUAUUUGCUAUUUUUGUAGUGUAUCAGCAUGUAAAUAAAUUGACAUCCUGGUGACAACCCAUUAUUUUCCACACAAACUGAGCUGUUUUUUUGUUGUUGCUUUUUUUGCCCAAGAAUGAAUGAAUUUGGUUUAUAAAUAACAUGAUUUUCACUGACCCAAA